UCAAGCCGUGCGCUCAGUAUCGGAUAGACAUCCUCCGUUACUUCUUGAGCAUUGAAGUCAACGCGUAGACGCAAACCUUAACCCUCUAAACGGAAUGAGAAGGAUUUGCCACAUAAAGUUGUGAUCGGCAAAGGACUAGAGGCGACGAUUGAAUUUUCUCUAUCCAAAGGUGUGUGCCUCCCGCCCCACGCCCCACCACGGCCCUCACCUGUGUGUUGCGGUGCUUCCCCUGCGAGCCGUCCUGGGCCGGAAGCCCUUUCUUGCACCGCCCCCCCACCCCGCCCAGCAACAGUAACGCCGUUGCCCCUGCAACCUCCCAGGCAACUGUCAUCAUGACGCGCUCCAAGACCUUCCAGGCCUACCUGCCCAACUGCCACCGCACCUACAGCUGCAUCCACUGUCGAGCACACCUGGCCAACCAUGACGAGCUCAUCUCCAAGUCUUUCCAAGGAAGUCAAGGCCGAGCGUACCUGUUCAACUCAGUGGUGAACGUGGGGUGUGGACCAGCAGAAGAGAGGGUAUUGUUGACAGGGCUUCAUGCAGUGGCUGACAUCUACUGUGAAAACUGUAAAACCACACUGGGCUGGAAAUACGAGCAUGCCUUUGAGAGCAGUCAGAAGUAUAAGGAGGGGAAGUUCAUUAUCGAGCUGGCCCACAUGAUCAAGGACAAUGGCUGGGACUGAGUGGGCAGACCUAGAGUGUUGGAGAGGCGUGGCUUAGCAGUAGGGCAUGGCUCAGUGUUGGACUCACCAAUAAGGUUUACUGCUAGCUCAUCCACAUGACCCUAUCCACCUGACACGCAGUUCAUGUACCCCCACAAUACAUAGGUGUAAGGGCGUGUGUGUGCUUGUGUGUUUACAAGAAUGAUAAAUAAUUUCCAGUCUACAGAAUAUACAGAUAUACACACGCACACACACACGCACACACAUGCACACAGUGGCACAGAGACAUGUUUGUAUUCAUACUGCAUGCUGAUGCUUGUCCCAGGCCUCAGGGUGGACAGGAGCCCACAGGUUAAGGGAUAUAGGUCAUAGGUAAUGGUCUAUCUGGGGGAUGAAUGAGAUGGACAAUGAACAUGGUGCUGGACAGACAAGGAUGGACCCCCAAGAUCCACCAACCCUACAAUGAGGGGAAAUUACAUUUUUUUACCUACAAUCACCCACACUACCCUAUGUGGAUCCUUCCACCUUCACACACACGGAAGACACAAACCAAUCAACCAACCAGAAUCACCAGACUUCUUGGAGCCUGAAAUCAUCCAAAACUUUGAGGGAUUGAUACUGAUUGUCAGAAAUCUAAAACUGCUUGACUGUUCUUAGUUUUUUUAUUUAUUCGAGCAUGAGUUUAAGGUAUUGUUUUAUUUAUGAAUUUAUUUGGUCUUGUUUGGGGACAAUCUCCCCUCCUACUCCCUUUGUUCAAAGGUAGCAGCUUUGGUAGUUCCUCUCUCACCCCUCAAUUCCAAUCAAUGGUAGCAAUCUUAAAAAUGAGGUGUCACUCAAGUUGUCAUCCUUUUGCCUUUCUGGGUGUGCUAUUACCACCUCUGUAAAUGUUUCAGUAAUGGUGGAAUGUACGAUGAACAGUGGCGGAGUGCAAGAGGUCUUCAUGUCAACUGGGUAAAGAGACAGAAAAAAAAAGUUAGGUAGCACCCUUAGCUUUUUUCAGUUUCAAAGUAAUGCUCAAGGCUGACAUUAUAACGGUGAUGCAAACUGAUGAUGAAAUGAGGCAAGUGGAGUGCCUCGUGCCUAGACGCUGAUCUAAAGUUAGUGUUGUGUUUCCCCGCAAGUGGUUAAGGUGAGGAUAUGGAGAGGGUAAGCUGAUUCUAGAUCUGUUUCUACAGCAAAUUCUUCACAGACUGAUGUUUGUGAACUGGUAGUUCUCUGUUUACCUGGGUCUGCCUCCUCCGCUGCCUCCUUGCUUAUUUGUUUUGCUGAUUUUACAAGAUUAGAGAAUUACCAACAGUUAAAAUUGACUUUCUACAGUCUGGAACAGGAUAACCAAUUGAUAGCCACAGAAUGUGACGGACAGUGGAAGUACCCAAUCAGAGGGUGUCACACGUCCCAGCACAACAACCAAAGACUCUCCCAUCAACAAUAAGUUGACCAAACAAUGGACCUGCCUAGAUUGCUUGUAUCAGGAAGUUGCAGAAUGAAAGAUUGCGAUUGGCCGAGAGCCACUGUCAAACCCUGGCCUUUCUCUGUGAGAUAAUGCAUUGUUUGGUUGAGACAAUUACAAUGUUAAUACCUGUAUAUUCACUAUGAACAUAAGCAUUAUUAUUAUAUAAUGAUAGACUGUAUUACACCAUGUAAAUAGCCAUAUUCAAUGUUUUAUUUAUUUAUUCAUUUAUUCAAUUGAUGAUUAUGUAUGCUCUGCUGUCUGUCUUGGGGCGCCUUGUGGGACAGUUAGAUUUCCUACUUUUUUACUAUUUGAAAAUGUU